AUGGAUCCUCGCGAAGCCAGAUCGACCGGGUAUAGCACCUUUUCAUCAACACUUGAAAUCAAACCCAAAACCGUCGGUCGCCCGAGGUUCGACCCGUAUCACAAGGUUCUCAGCAGGUUUUAUGAACCACUGGUGCUGUUGCGAUUGCUUGGACAGAGCCGUGGGAAUCACCAGCCGAAACCGCACGAUGUAAAUGCAGGCCAAGCUGUGCGUCGGGAUUUCUUGCGGAAUCUUUCCUACAUUUGUGACUUUGAAAAAGGCGGAGAUACCUGCACCGCGAUUGGACUUGCAGACCUCGGCGCAUGCUAUCGGUUAUAUGUCGCUUCAAAUAAAGGACAAGCUAAAAUAGCUGAGUUUCUUAAGGCUGUUCUUGGGCUACUGCACGAUUUAAAUGAGGUGCCAGGAUCGGAGCUACCUCAAAAGGAAGCAGACUUUAUGAAGUUUUGUGUUGAUUUUGCGGAAAAGCGCGUCAGAAAGGAAAAGAACUGCUUAUUCAGGGCCGUGGAUGCUUGUAGCCGAAAGCUUUCACAUUCAGCUACAAUUGAAGGUGUGCACCGCCAGUAA